AUGAGUUCAAUUGAACAACUUGAAACGCUUCGAAAUGCUGAACUAUAUGAUGAUUGUAAAACAUUGGCAGAAUUUAUCUUAACACUUGAUGAAUGUGGAAAAGAUUAUUUAAGUAAUGAACAACGUUUAACUGUUUAUCGUUGUUUGGCUGAUUCAACUUGGUUUCUACAUGAAUACCAUUUGGCUGAAUCUUAUUUUAAAAAAGUAUUACACAGUUAUAAACAAGUGGAUAAAUAUGAUAAAAAUGCGUUGGAACCUGAUUGGAUGAUAGAAUGUAAAUAUCGUCAACAUGUAUGUUUGCUUAAAUUAAAUCGAUUAAAAGAAGCUCUUACUGUUCUUGAAUCAAUUCUAAUUCAACAACGUACAGCAAAAAUUCAUUUAGCACUUGGUCAAUGUUAUCAAAAAGCUGGUGGUUCAGCACAAGAAUCUAUCAGUGCUUAUCGUGAAUGUUUAAAACAAAAUCCUAAUACAUUAUCUGCUUACAUCGCUUUACUUGCUCUUGGUAUUAAAUUAAGUGAUCUUUUGCAUACACAUCCAUCAGCUGCAUCAAUACAUCAUGAAAAUCAAGCUCAACAGCCAACACCUGUAACAAUAUCACCAUUAGUACGUCAACCAUGGUUCCGUGCAUUAUUACAAGCUGAUUCUUGUUCAACUAGUCGAGAUUUUGCUGAAGCCUCAAGAAAUUAUCAACAAAUCGAUGCACAAUAUUUACCACAAUCAACAUAUGUUUUAUGUCAACUUGGUUAUAAUCAAUAUUUAAAUGGUGAUUAUGGACAAGCAUUACAUAGUUUACAACGAGCACAACAAAUUGAUCCAUUAUUAUUAAAACAUAUGGAUAUACUUGCAUUUCUUACAUAUACAGAAUGUAAAGAUAAUUCAUUAGAAAAAUUAGUUAACCAUUUAAUGUCACUUGGUGAUCAUCAUCCUGAAACAUGGAUUGCUAUUGGAUAUUAUUGUUUAAAAAAAAAUCAUAAACCAUCACGUACAGUUUAUCUUGCACAAAAAGCUUAUGCAUUAGAUAAUACAAGAAUUCAAGCAUUGUUACUUAAAGGUCUUGCAUUAUUUAAAUUAAAACGAUAUUCAGAUUCACUUGUUCAUUAUAAAGAAGCUGUACGUUUAACACCGUAUUGUUUCGAAGGAUAUAAAGGUGUUGUUGACGGUUAUUUAGCAACAAAUAGAUUAAGUGAUGCUAAUAUGUUUAUUACAAAUGCUGUUCGAACAAAUUUAAAAGAAAAUGUUCGGGCAUUUACAUUAUGUGGACAAGUUCUUGCAAAAGAACCAUCAUCAUUAGAUAAAGCUCGUGUUUAUUUAGAAAAAGCACUUGUACUUAAUGCAAAAUAUACUGAUGCAGUUAUUUCUCUUGUUGAAGUUUAUGGACAAUUAAAGCAACAACAAAAAAGUAUAGAAUUGUAA